UGGACAUGGUGGUCAGGUAGAAGAUCUUGACGGCGAUGAGGAUGAUGGAUUUGAUGAAACCAUUCUUCCGCUUGAUCAUGAACAAAGUGGUCAAAUAAUUGAUGACGAGAUGCAUGAUAUAAUGGUGAGACCACUUCAACCUGGUGUAGUUAAAGAGUAUAAUAUUCUUUCCGAUGGUGGGAAUACUCUUAUGACUGCUGGAAUGUCUUAUUUAAGGGGUGAUUUAAAUGGUAUAAAAACGAGUAUAAUGUCAUUUGGAAAGAAAGUGGUGUCCGGAAACAAGAUAGCAGAGCAAAAUAGGGUGAACAAAUUAAGUCACGCCGAUGUUAUUAUGUUUAGUGGGUGUAAAGACUCUCAAACAUCUGCAGAUGCUAAUGAAGCCGGGCAAAACACGGGUGCCAUACUGAGGAGAAACCAAUACCAAACAUACCAACAGCUAUUAAAUAGUAUUAGGGAGAUUCUUGCAGGAAAAUAUAGUCAAAAGCCACAACUUAGCACGUCCCAUCCAAUGGAUAUGAAUUUGUUAUUCAUGAUGUAG